AGCUGGCAUUUAUUGAGUUCCAGCCCAGGCAGGGAGGGCAGGGCAGAAACAGCACCCAACAGGACUGGGUGCGGGGCUCACACCUGUAAUCCCGAAGGAUCAGAAAGACCCAGGUGGGAGGAUCACUUGAACCCCGGGGGUGGAGACUGCAGCAUGGGUGACAGAGCAAGACGCUAUCUCAAAAAAAAACCAACCACACCCACCCACUUCCUGCCAGGCCUAACCCCCGGGGCCUCCAUGCACCAAGGGAAAGCUCUUCCAGGGUGGGGUCACCGGGAGGAGGGGGGAGGCUCAGGUUACAGAACAGCCUGGUAGGGGCUCAAAGACGCCCAUCCUGGAAGAGGCCCCAGCACUGACCUCCGUGGGGGUGGAGAUGAGGAGGAUGGAAAGGGUGUCUUCCUCCAGCAUCUUCCUGAAGGUGAAGGAGGGGCACCUUGGGGUGUCUGAGAUUGUGACCCCAGGAGACCCCCAGCUAGCUGGGGUGUGCUGUGGGGGAAGGGGGGGAUCCCAGAGGCCUUGAGCCCAACUGAACAGAUACAAACGGGACCAGAUGGCCUCAGAGCUCCCCUGCGGGGCUCCCUGGAGCUAUGGAGACCCCAUUUAUCCAGAGUCAGGUCGGUGCCUGAGCUUGGGCAGCCCCAGGUGGAAGGAGCCCGUGGUGGGAGGAGCCUGUAGGAGGAGGAGCCUGUGGUGGGGGAGCCUGUGGUGGGGGAGCCUGUAGUGGGAGGAGCCUAUGAUGGGCGGGGCCGUGGGGGUGAGGAGCCCGUGGUGGGAGGAGCCUGCGCUGGGAGGAGCCUUGAUGGGAGGGGCCGUUGCGGGGGAGGGGGGAGCCCACGGUGGGAGGAGCCUGUGGUUGAGGAGCCUGCGGUGGGGGGAGCCCGUGGUGGGAGGAACGUGUAAUGGGCGGCAUCUGUAAUGGGCGGGGCCUUGCUGGGCGGAGCCGCCCCUCUCCUCUGUCCAGGCACUGGGUGGUCCAUCCGCCAGGUCACCGGUUACUGCCUCUCUCCCACAUUCCUCCGAGGGAUUCCCGAGGAGUGCGCUCGGACUGGGGGGUUGAGCAGGAACUCCCUCCCAGUCACCCCAGGCUCCUGCGCCCCGACGGAAGCCGGGGGUGCGUGGGGAGUGGUGUGCCCGCGCAAGGACUCCGGGACGGGAACCCCACUUGGAGCCUGGCUCUUGGACCAGCCACACGCGGUGGCUCCCAAGUCGGGGACGCGGGCCCCUAGAAGUCUGGGGCUCUCCAGGAAGCGAAGCGGAUGGAAGAUUACUCGGCUCGGGGUCCUGGGUCCCCACCCCCGCCCCGCCCCCGGGCCGCAGCGUCACAAAGGCCGCUGGUCCCCAGGGCAACCCGCGGAGUGCGGAGGGAGGCUGGGCUCUGGCAAGUCCGCGCGCGGCUCCGCUUCAGAGGCAGGGCAAGUGGGCGCGGGCCUGGGGCGGCGGCGGGGGCCGGGAGAGGAGGGCUGGGGGUCUCGAGAAGCUCCCGGAUAAUGAGCUCCCACGUGGCAGGCCUGGGCCUGGAUAAGAUGAAGCUGGGCAAUCCCCAGUCCUUCCUGGACCAGGAGGAGGCAGAUGACCAGCAGCUGCUGGAGCCAGAGGCGUGGAGGACCUACAGCGAGCGCCGCAAUGCCCUGCGUGAGUUCCUGACCUCGGACCUGAGCCCGCACCUGCUCAAGCGCCACCACGCCCGCAUGCAGCUGCUGCGUAAGUGCUCCUACUACAUCGAGGUCCUGCCCAAGCACCUAGCCCUGGGCGACCAGAACCCGCUGGUGCUGCCUAGCACCUUGUUCCAGCUCAUCGACCCCUGGAAGUUCCAGCGCAUGAAGAAGGUGGGCACAGCUCAGACCAAGAUCCAGCUCCUGCUGCUCGGGGACCUGUUGGAGCAGCUCGACCACGGCCGUGCUGAGCUGGACGCCCUGCUCCAGUCGCCAGACCCGCGGCCCUUCCUGGCCGACUGGGCGCUGGUGGAGCGGCGGCUGGCGGACGUGUCAGCUGUCAUGGACAGCUUCCUGACCAUGAUGGUGCCGGGACGGCUGCACGUCAAGCACCGCCUAGUGUCUGAUGUCAGUGCCUCCAAGAUCCCGCACAUCUGGCUCAUGCUGAGCACCAAGAUGCCUGUCGUGUUUGACCGAAAGGAGUCGGCGGCUCACCAGGACUGGGCCCGGCUGCGCUGGUUCGUCACCAUCCAGCCGGCCACGUCGGAGCAGUAUGAGUUGCGUUUCAGGCUGCUGGACCCGCGGACACAGCAGGAGUACGCCCAGUGUGGCGUCAUCCCCGUGGCUGCCUGCACCUUCGACGUCCGAAACCUGCUGCCCAACCGAUCCUAUAAGUUCACUAUCAAGAGGGCCGAGACCUCCACGCUGGUGUACGAGCCCUGGAGGGACAGCCUCACCCUGCAGACCAAGCCGGAGCCCCUGGAGGGGCCCGCCCUCAGCCACUCUGUCCGAGAGAUGAUUUUCUAAUGGUUAUCCACUAAUAAAGAAGAGUGUAAAUGCACAUACAGAAUUAAAGAAACAAACCUAUUUAUGUUUUAAAGGCAGCAGCCACCAGUGUUUUUCCUGGCUUAAAACAUGCCAAGCCCCAGGCCUUCUGCUCCUGCUCUUUCCCAGGGGGAGCCACAGGCUGGACCUCCCAAGACAGCUGAGCCUGGAGCAAGAAGUACCAGCCCCUGACACCUACGGGUCCAACGAUGACAACGAGAGCUGCUCCACAGGGCCUCCGCGGUCCUAGCCCCCGCCCCUCCUUGCCACCCGCAUCACCAUGACCCGGCUCCCGCCUUCCUUACCCACCUCCCUGGCUUGGGGGGCUCCCUCAGAGAAUGACACUCCUAGGCCGUGAUGCCUCCCCACCAUCCCCUGCCCAGCCUCGAGUGCUCAUCAGCACGCCCGCCCGAGGAGGCAGCAGCACCACCGGGGAUCCCUGGCUGUGAGCAGCUCAGCCGUGCCCCUCCGUGCCCCGCCCCACCUUUUGUUCCUCAAGGGCCUUCCUGGCCCUGAGCUCCCGCUCUCCUCCAGAAUCAGCUGCUUUUGCUAGGCGCCCAGCCCCUGCUUCCCCCCACCGCUCACCUUCAGGGCCGCAGCUGCCCCUUCCUCCCAGAAGCCUUCCCUGGCUGCAGGCUGGUGAGGUCCCCAAGUCCCCCUUCCUAGAGGCGCCUUCUCAUCCUCUCUGCAGGCACUUCUCAAGCUAUUGCAGAACUACUCUAUUUCAUGACAGCCCAAGAAUAGACAUGGUCUUCAAGGCAGGGCCGGUCCGGCACACCAAGGAGGCCGCAGUCCUGGAGACUCCAUGCUCCGCCCCUCCCUCCACAGACGCCCAGAACCUCUUUUCCCACAGUGACCAUAGCCCCCGUGACCUGUGGACGCAGCCACAAAUGGGCCAGGUGUGGAGGGACCCCAGUCCACAGCGGCCAGGGGGUCCUGGGGAGCAGUUUUAAAAGUGGGACCAGCAGGACAGUCAAGGCUGGUGGCCUCAGGGACUUUGGACUUGGCCAGCCUGGUGACACCAGAGCAGCUCUGGAGCUGUGGCCUGUCCUCACCACACCAGGCACCGGCCCUCCCCUCCCCACACGGGCAGCCGGAGCCACCAGCCCUGCAGGGGGGGUCGCUGCCCUCCCCACGCCCCUGCACCCAGCGCUCUGCGGUGGGCCCUUGACAGCCUCCACAACUGCGUCCCAAGCACAGUGACCAUCCACUUUUGCCCCCCAGCCAGACCUCAAAACACCCAGAAGUGAGAAGAGCUUUCAGAGUGGUUUUAUCAUUAAAUUAAUAUUUAAUCACAUAAUUCAAAGAUAUAAAAAUUGGAAUGUAGAAGGUGGGGUAAGCCCCUCCCUCAGGACUGGAGGCAGCAGCAGGGGCAGAGCUGCGCUGAAGCGGGUGAGCGCACGAGAAACAGACACAGCCGAGCAGGCUGCCCCGGAACGCUCAGUCCAGGGUGGAAGCAUCGCCCCAGCACCCCCCAACCCCCGAGCCCACUGCACAGCCCACGGGAAGAAUGCAGGCUUUUCACAUUGCAGAGGGCGGGGUGGGGUGGGGCGGGGUGGGCCCCUGGCUUUGGGCUGCCCUCCAGCAGCCCCUGAAGGACACAGGCGGUGGUGGUGGGGAAAAAGGCCCCCUCUCCCAGGGAGGUCUCCUUUUCCUGAGCUUGGGCUGAGGUCUCUGUUCCAGUAACAGAUGCUGGUUUUUUUUUUUUUUU